AUGCUCUCGGUGAAGUUUCUUCUUAGGGUGCUUACGGCGCCAUGGGUGAUUAUCAAGAUCAUUAUUCAGUAUUAUACUACUGGCACGGCGCUCCAGGCUGAACCAAGAGAGUUUGGUAACUCUUUAUGGAAAAAUAUCGAUAUUGCAGUCUUGUCUCAUAUCGCCAAGGGUAUCACUCGAAAGGAUCCUUGGAUCGUUACCCACCCAAUGAACCCAUACUAUAAGAGCUAUGCCCGUCUGGCUGGUGGUCAGGGCAUGCCUAGUUUCGGUAAACAGAUCACGCCAAAGGAUAAGCGUUUGACGUGGGUGGUGAAGCCAGAGGGAGCCAAACACGCUCUUCUUUUCUUUCACGGCGGUGGAUAUUGUGUGCCAAUGACAAAGUCUCAGUUUGUGGGUAUCAUGGCGUUAUGGUACGCUGUGGAGCCUGAGAAACGUCAGAACUUGGCCAUUGCCAACUUGGAUUACCUGCUUACUUGCUAUGACCAUCGCUACCCUACUCAGAUAUUUGAGGCCGUUUCGGCGUACAGAGAACUUACCAAACAGGGCUACGAGGUUCUGUUGAUCGGUGACUCCGCCGGCGCCAACUUGGCUCUUGCCUUAUCUAGGUUUGCCGCUUACCCAGAGGAGGCACGCGCCCAGUUCUCUCGUUAUAAGCAGUUUGACUGGGACUUCCUGCCACUCCCAGCGCCAAAACACCUUUUGCUUGUGGCGCCAUGGAUUGAACCAUACACGAAGCCAGAAAAGUACCCUGGCGUGGACUACGAAGGUGAUCUUGGCUCGCCAGAACCUGAUAUGGGUAUAGAUUAUCUCGGUAAGGCCAGCCCUAACGAUGUGGCUCCAUUUGUGGAUUUCUUCAACACAAGCUACCAGAAACACUGGUCUAAGGUUCCUGCCUUCAAUGGCGAAGGAAGUGUAAUCUUCCUUUAUGGUGAACGUGAAAUCUUCCGUGUGGCUCAAGAGGAUUUCAUCAAGCGUAACGGUAAGCUGAACUUCUACGCACACAUGCAGCCUGGAGCUGUUCACGACUCUAUGUUUUACAUUGAGCCUAGUGAGUUUAGGUCGCUGCGUGGACAAAGAACUAUGGUCACAGGAAAACACCGUUCGAAGUUUUCAUUUAAGUUAUCAGCAGAGUUCCUUGAGGAGUUCCUUUGA